AUGGCAAGAACAAAAAAAUAUAUAAAUAGAACUAUCCCAAAAAAUAACAAACAAAAUGAUAAUAUAGACAAUAAUAAUAAUAGUAAUAAUAAUAAUAAUGAUAAUAAUAAUAAUAAUAAUAAUAACAAUCAUGAAAUAAUAUAUAUAAAUGACGAUGAUAACGAUGACGAUGAAAUUGUUGAGCUACCUCAAAAACGAAAAUCAUCACCAAUAAAAAAAACACCAAACACCAGAAAUAAACAAUUACCUCAAUCACCUGAAUCACCACUAUCACCACAAUCACCACAAUCACCACAAUCACCACAAUCACCACUAUCACCACAAUCACCAGAAUUAUCAGAAUUACCUCUAUCACCUCAAUCACCAGAAUUACCUCAGUCACCAAUGUCAAAACAAAUUAGAAAUUCAAUAAAUAAAAAUUUAGAUAUUUCUCAAAAAUCAUCUGAAAAUCAUUUAAAAAGUAUUGAAAGUAUAAUUAAAUUAAUAAAUUUACAAAAGGAGAAUGUAAAGACAUUGAAAUCAAUCUAUGAUUAUUUAAUUGAUCAAAUUAAGAAAGCAUUAAUACCAUCAACAAAGGUUGGAUCAUUACAUAUUGAAAACUUUUUUAGAUUCAUUACAAAGUUUUCUUUAGAACAUCAUAAACUUCAAAAACAGAAAUUAGGUGAUCAAGUUAUAGAUUCAAUAAACAUCACCACCACCACCACCAAUCACCAUAAUCAAAAACCUAUAACAAUUUUAUAUAAAAGCUUUUUAUUUAUUUUAAUUGAAAAUUUAUUACAAUUUUCAUCAAGUAACGAAAGUUCAAUCAGAUUUAGGUCUUUACAAUUAUUAAAUAUUUUAAUAAAUCAUAAAGAAACAAUUCAAUUUUUAAAAUUAGAAACUUUAAAAGAGAUUAUAGAAAAAUUAAAACAUAAAAUAUAUGAAAAAUCAUCAUUAAUUAGAUGUUGUGUAGUAGAAUCAUUAUUAAAAAUUUCAAAUUCAAAUGUUGUUUUAACUAAAGAUGAGAAUGAUUCAAUUAUAGAAUUUAUAAUUAAACAUUUAGAAAAGGAGGAAUCAGCUGAAGUUAGAAAAAUAAUUAUUUCAAGAUUAUUAAAAAACUAUAAAGAUGACGUGAAUAAUGAAGAUAAAGAGAAUUUAAAUAAUAACAACAGUAGUAGUAAUAAUAAUAAUAAUAAUAAUAAUUAUAAUAAAAUAUUAUCAAUUUUAGUUGAUAGACUUAGAGAUAAAAGUGAAACAAUUAGAAAAUUAUCACUUCAUUUAAUAUUUAGUAUAAAUCCAUCAAAAUUCUCAAAUAAAGAUUUGGAAUCUAUAUUUUUGAAUGGUAUCGAUAAUAGGGAUCCAUAUAUUAAAUCAGAAUUUUCAAAACUAUUUUAUGGAAUUUGGUUUAUUAAAUAUCUUUCAAAAGACUUUGAAAAGUUAAUAUCAUUUUUAAAUUGUAUAAAUAAUAAUAAUAAUAAUAAUAGUAAUAAAAAUAAGUAUGGUAUUGGUAAUAGAAGUGGUAGUGAUUGUUUUAGUAUUAGUGGUGAUAUUAGAGAUGAAUAUAGUUCUUCAAAGAAUAGAGAAUUGUUUAUUCAAAAAGUUUUAAAUAUAUUAUUUAGUAAUGGUCAUGAACCAAAUGAUAUUAAUGAAUUCAAGAAUAUCAUUGUAUUAAAGAAACCAAUGAAUGAUCAAUUUGCAUUAUUAUAUAGAAUUUAUUUUCAAUAUUUAUCAGAUAAAGGUGAAGAUUUUCUUCAAGAUUUAUUACCAACUCCAUUUCAAUUAUUAAAUUAUUUGAAAUUGGUAUCAAACAGUGAAAGAGUCAUAGAUGAUAAUGAUAAUAAUGAUAAUAAUAAUAAUAAUAAUAAUAAUAAUAAUAAUAAUAAUAAUAAUAAUAAUAAUAAUAAUAAUAAUAAUAAUAAUAAUAAUAAUAAUAAUAAUAAUAAUAAUAAUAAUAAUAAUAAUAAUAAUGAUAAUGAUAAUGAUAGUAAUAGUAUUAUAAGUAGUAGUGGUAGUAGUAGUAAAGUUAAUAGUAUUAUUGAAAAUAAAAAUCAAUAUAAAGAAUCAUUUAAAUUAGAGGAGCAACAAUAUAUUUUUGAACAAUUGAUUUUAAUACUUUCAAAAUAUUCAUCAGAUAUUAAAGUAGCAUUAUUUAAGUCUCAUAAAAUUGAAGACUAUUUUCAAGAAAUUAUUCAAUCCAUGGAUUAUUCAAUACCAAUAAAAUUGAAUUUAAUUUUUUUAAUUAAAGAAAGUUUAAAUUCAAAAUAUUAUUAUAGAAUAAUGUUAGAUUGUAUUUCAAAAAUUAAACAUCCAAUUGAUAAUGAAUUAAAGAAAGAAGAAGAAAAACAACAACAACAGGAUAAUAUAUUAAAAAAACAAAGAGAGUUACAUUCUUUAUCAAUUAUUUCAAAUCUUUUAGAAACUACAAAUAAAAAUAGUAAAGAUCCUGACAUUUAUGGUUUAUUAGAUUAUAUAAUGGAGUCAUUGAAAAGCGAAGAUUUAGAGGUGAAAGAAAAGGGAUACCGUUGUUUUGGUUAUUAUUGCCUAUUAGAGAAUGAUGAAAGAAUCUAUGAAAAGAUUAUAUUCAAUGCACUAAAAACUGAAAAUGAUACUAUUAAAUCAAUCGUUUUAGCAUUUUGUUUCGAUUUAGUUUCUUCAAAUUAUGAAUUCUUAGAUAUUGAUGGUAGUAAUCCAAAAGGUGUAAGUUUCUCUGAACGUUUCUCAAGAUUUCUUAUUAAAACCAGUGAUGAAUUAAUUAAAUAUGAUUUAGAUAAUCAAUUAUUUAAAUUCAUUUUCAUUCAAGGUAUUUCAAAACUUUACUAUUAUGGUAUUAUAAAUAGUAGUCAAGUUUUUAAUCAUUUAACAAUUUUUUAUUUUAAAAAUAAUCAAAUUUCAAAUGAUUCAUACCAAGUUUUAUCAAUAUUCUUUCAAAAAUAUCCAAUCAAAUCUAGAGAUAAAAUGAAUAUUUUUAUUAGAUCAUUUGAACCAACUUUUAGUCAUUACCUAUUUGAGAAUAAUUUAGUAGAUAAAAAAAAAUUAGAGUCAAUUAUUAAGUUUUAUUUGGUUUUAUUAAUGCCAAAUCAAGAAGCACUUGGUUCUUUCUUAAAUCAAUUGUUUUUACAAUUUUUAAAAGUUUCUUUAAUUUAUUUUAAAAUUUACAAGGUUAUUAAUAGUUUAAUAUCAUUUAUUCCAUUAUUUCAUAUUUCAAAGAAUGAUUUUGAAUCAAUUAAAAUAAUGAAGGUUUUAAUUGAUUUAUUGGAAGAGUAUGAAAUGAAUAAACAAUCAAUUAAAAUCGUAGAGGAACUAAGGUAUAACAUUGAUGAAAUCAUUCGUAAUAUGGAAGAUUAUGAUGAUUUAUCUCAAAAUAAUAUUGAAGAUAUUAAAAUUGAAAUUCAAACAGAAGCUGAUGAGAGACAAAAUGUUGACGCUUUAUCUUCAGAAGGUAAUCAUGAUGAUGCUAGUUCAACUGAUGAUUCAGAUGAUCAAAUGUUUUUAUUAGAUUAUAACAAUGAAAAUGAAGAUGAAGAACAAGAAAUGGAGAUCGAUAAUAUUGUUCAACAACAACUAAAUCAGCAAAAAUUAAUUGAAAAAUUAGUUCAAAGUGUAGAAAAAGAAAAAGAAAAAGAAAAAGAAAAAGAAAAAGAAAAAGAAAAAGAAAAAGAAAAAGAAAAAGAAAAAGAAAAAGAAAAAGAAAAAGAAAAGGAGAAAGAAAAAGAUAAAAGAAAAGAAAUAAUAAAAGAAAAUGAAAAAGAGAAAUUUGAUGAAAAAGAAAAUGAAUUAAAUUCUCCUUCAUUCUCACUUAAAUCUUUCAAUUCUAUGUCCAAUACUAUAGAUUCAGAGGCAAAUUUGGAAAGUUUGGAAGAAGACCAAAAUAAUGUUAAAGAAUCAAAACCAACUACACAAGAUAAUAAAAAAUCUGCUUGUACUAUAAUGUAA